AUGAGCGACGAUCCAUCCAGCGGGAAUCUGCCGCCGGUAAGACGUAAACGGGGGAUGUCUUUGCGAUCUCAGCUUUUUGCUAGGCUGAUGCAACAACCUCAAAACCCCUCGUCAGAUGACCACCCUACACCGCCUUCAACAACCCAAGCGACUCCACCACCACCACCAUCCGUUCCCGAGACUCCAAAGAUUCUGGUGAGUACCGCAGCUGAAAACUCUGAACCCAUCGAGUUGAACAGUCUCGAUUUUGUCAACAAUUCUCUUGAUUGCGUCAACAAUGCGGACGAUGGUUCUAGUCCCCCUGACUAUCAUGAUACAACUCAUUUGCCUCGAUCAACUUCACUUUUUCUGGUCGCCUCAAACAAUCUGGGGCAACCGUUGUUUGGGCCACGCAGGCACAGACGACCACCAUCAUGGCUACAGCGACUUACUCGCCUCAAAAAUAAGAUUACCGGCAACACGACUAUUCCGCCAUCCGAUAAUGGUCGACUCAUUCCCAUCACUACCAACUUGUCCCUGGUCAAUCAAGAUUUCGGUGAACCUUUUUACAACCCCUCAACUAAGGAAUUGAUUGACGAUCGCACUGGUGAUCGUUACGUCGACAAUACUAUCACCCUGAGCAAGUACACUGUAUGGACAUUUCUUCCAAAGCAAAUUAAAGCUCAGUUCUCAAAGUUGGCCAAUUGCUAUUUCAUGGUAGUGGCAAUCAUGCAGAUGAUUCCCACAUGGCUGACGACCGGUCAGUACACAACCAUCGUGCCUUUACUCAUUUUCAUGCUGAUUUCGAUUUUAAGAGAAGGAUUUGAUGAUUGGAAACGUCAUAGCCAAGAUAAGGAAGAGAAUUCAAAGAAGUCAACGGUUAUACGAGAGGACGGAGAGAUGGCAACGCUCGACACGCAACUGAUUACUGCGAUCGUUACGGAAAUGGAACUGCCAUUGGAUGAGUUUAGUUCUGAUACACUGUUCAUGAAUGACGAACUAAUGCGUCGUUAUAAUUUGAAGCAUUAUCCAAAACGUUGGAAAGAUAUUAAGGUUGGCGAUAUUCUUGAAUUACACGAAAAUGAGUGGAUUCCGGCAGACUUGGUACUUUUGCUGACCCUGAAUCUUGAGCAGCAAGAAGCAUUUGUUGAGACCAUGGCUCUCGACGGAGAGACGAAUUUGAAACCAAGGGUUCCCCACCCUGAGUUGGCUCAGUUGUACUCCCUGGUUCAAGGUCUCAAAAAUUCUCGCGUCCAGAUGGCUGUUGAGGAUCCCAACCUAGAUUUGUAUAACUUCGAAGGACAAUUUGAAGUUAAUGGUGAAAAGUAUGCUCUUGGACCGGAAAAUGUUUUAUACCGCGGGUGCAUCCUUCGCAACACGCAAAAAGUUCUAGGCGUGGUGAUUUUCACAGGUGAGGAAACUAAGAUCCGCAUGAAUAAUAUCCGUAACCCUCGAACCAAGGCACCUAAGCUUCAAAAGAACAUUAACUAUAUCGUUUUGUUCAUGAUAUGUGUUGUUGUCUUAUUGCUGGCUUUCCUGACCAUGGGCCAAAGGCUCGAGUAUAACAAAUGGAUCAAGACUGAUCGUUUGUGGUAUAUGUUUGGUGAAGAUGCGGGUGUUGCUCCUACUUUAAUGGGCUAUAUCAUCAUGUACAACACCUUGAUUCCUUUGUCGCUCUACGUUACAAUGGAGUUCAUCAAGUUGAUGCAGUUGGUACUUUUGCAAUGGGACAUUGAUAUGUAUCACGUGUCAACAAAUACCCCCGCCGAGGGAAAAACCGCCACAAUCUUGGAAGAAUUAGGACAGGUACUGUACAUCUUCAGCGACAAGACUGGUACAUUAACCGAUAAUCAAAUGUUAUUCCGGAAAUUUAGCGUUGGUGGGACUUCCUGGUUGCACGACUUGGAUUAUAUACAAAAGCAGCGGGAUGACCCCACUUAUGAGGCAGCACCUAUGAUGCCACUGUGGAAUGCUGAUCUGAAAUUUUUGACAAGAGCAAGUUUUGAGCCGGCGCCGGCGCCGCGCACUUCGAUGGCCACCAUAGCUCGCCAACUGAUGGAUUUAGUUCGCGCGCAUACAAAUGAUUUGGCAAGAGUAAAGACUUACAAACUGACAGCCAAUCCAAAUCGACCUCAAGUUAUGAAUAACUCUUUGCAGCUCUUGAGAUAUUUACAACUGAGUCCUCAAACGUUAUUCGCCAAGAAAGCAUCCUUCUUUUUGUUGCUGAUUGCCAUAUGUACGACUUGCCUCCCUCGACGAGUUGCACCAGACAAAAAUGAAGAUGAUAUGGUUGAUAACUCGGAUGAUGACGGCGAUAUUCAAUAUCAAGGCGCUCUGCCUGAUGAGUUGGCUCUAGUGCAAGCUGCACGAGAUUUGGGUUACGUGGUUUUUUCGAAGCAGCAAAACACAGUCGUCAUCAAGACAUACCCUAGAGGGUUUGAUCAACCGGCUAAGUUUGAGGAAUACCAGAUUCUCGAAGUUAUUGAGUUUUCGCUGGCUCGGAAGCGAAUGCUGGUAGUUGUGAGGUUCCCCGAUGGUCGCAUUGGCGUCAUCAGUAAAGGUGCCGACAACGUUAUCUUGGAACGACUCAAGCAAGCGGACUUAGCUCAGCAAAAAGUAAAAGAGUUGUCUCAGGCGACUCGAGAACGACAAGCCGAGGAAGCUGAGGUUGUUUUGAGGACAAAGAAGCUGCUUGAGGCUACCGAACUGCCAAGGCCAUCCCUUUCAGGAAUUCGUCGACUGAUGCAGGCUCACGCCAAUCAGGUGUUGGAACGCAUGGGUCUGAUUGAUAAUGCUCUUGCUGAUGAAGAAAUCGAAAUCAAUGAUAUCGCUUUCAAACUGCGGAAGCUGCUCCAUCUUCAACAAGCCAAGAAGUACAAUUUGGAAUCUCAAGAUGGACCAAGCGAUAUCUCGUCAGGAUCACUGGUACCUCCAGAUAGACUUCUCGUUAAUGAUGAAUUCAUCAUUGAAAAGACCAUAGAACACAUCGACGAAUUUUCACUGGAAGGUUUACGAACAUUGUUAUACCUGUUCAAGUGGGUUGACAAGCAAGAGUACGAAGAAUGGCUGGCAGAGUAUCGAAUUGCACGUACGGCGUUAAAUGAUCGUUUAGCCAAAGUUGAAUCCGUUGGGGCGAAACUUGAACAAAGUGGAUUCGAUUUGCUUGGAGCGACUGCUAUCGAAGAUAAAUUACAGGAUGGGGUCGCAGACGCUAUCGAAAAGCUCAGACGCGCGGGUAUCAAAAUGUGGAUGUUGACUGGCGAUAAGCGUGAGACAGCCAUCAACAUUGGCUACCUGUGUCGUUUGAUCAAAGAUUACUCAACGGUAGUGAUAAUUCUGAAUGAUGGUACCCCAGAGGAAAUGAUGAAUCGAAUAACGCUGGCAAUCCACGAAAUCGUUGCUGGGACCGUUGCCCACUGUGUAUGUGUUAUCGAUGGAGGUACUCUUGCAGAUAUUGAGAAAGAUCCGUCAAUGCUAUCCUUAUUAUUGGAUUUCUGCGAGAAGGCUGAUUCUACAAUUUGCUGUAGAGCACUGCCGUCUCAAAAAGCUAACAUGGUGAGUUCCAUUCGUAAGCUCAAACCUAAAUGUGUUACAUUGGCAAUUGGGGAUGGUGCUAAUGACAUUGCAAUGAUACAACAAGCAGAUAUUGGUGUUGGCAUAACGGGAAAGGAAGGACUUCAAGCAGCACGAUCUCUGGAUUAUGCUAUUGCACAAUUUCGCUACUUACUCAAAUUAUUAUUGGUUCAUGGCCGCUACAAUUACGUGCGUACACUGAAGUUCGUGCUUGGGACUUUCUACAAGGAGAUCAUGUUUUACCUUACCCAGUGUAUUUAUCAGCGAAACACACUCUGGCUGGGACUGUCUAUGUAUGAACUGUGGUCCUUAUCAAUGUUCAAUACGUUAUUCACCUCCUUGCCGGUGCUUUGUAUUGGAAUGUUCGAUCAAGAUCUUCAUCCUGCUACAAUUUUGGCCGUUCCGGAGCUUUAUAACAAAGGUCGGUUGUAUCAAGGAUUCAAUCUCAAACUAUUUAUACAGUGGAUGGUUCUCGGAACUGCCCAACUGGUGGGCAUUGCGUUCAUGGCAUUUUACCUUUGGGGAUUUUCUGCAUUAAAAGACAACUCGACUCUUCCCUUGGGGACGUUGUGCUAUUCAGCUCUAGUCAUUGUUAUCAAUGCUAAAUGUACUCUAAUUGAGAUGCAAAACCGUACUUGGUUAGCUUUUGCACUGUUUGGGAUUUCGGUCGGUGGCUAUGCAUUGUGGAAUCUUUUGAUUAUGGGUCUUUAUCGUACGAAACAAUCAUCAAUAUUUUUCGUUGAUUAUGGGCUUUAUCAUUUCGGGCUGGAUGGAGCUUGGUGGGCCACCAUUCUCGUCGCAUUCGUCGUCCCGCUCUUAGCCGAUAUUUUGUUGAAGGUGCUAAAGUUCAUGAUCAGUCCGGCAGAUGACGAACUAUUUAAAUUAUUUGAGCGUGAUGUCACGUUGCGGAAGAUGUUCGAAAUCAAGGCUUGGCCUGAACUCUGUCAAGGUUGGACUUUCCCUAAAGAAGCUCUGCCGUGGUUGGUCAAAUUUGUUCAAUGGCUUCAACUGCUAGGUUUUUCCGUUAAAGACCCUCGUGUAAAAAUGGCAGAGAAAAACGAACAGAUACACCAGAAUCAAGUUGAAUUUGUGAGAGAGGAAGAGGAUGGACUUAGGCUGGUGUUGAGUCGAAAGAGAGCUGGGACAAACCCGUUGGAGCAUGAAUUAGCUCCCUCUGGUAGUGGAAUAGGCGCAUCAGCGCUGUUUCAAUCACCACACAUUGCGAGGCACGGCAAUUACGAAAUACUACCGCUGGGUAAGCGAGUUCGCUUCAAAAAAAGUGAUUCCGCCUUUUCAACGAUCGCACAUCGUCUCAUGGGGCGACAAGUGGAGGAUAUUGACGCUAUCAUUGAUCAACGUUUAAGAACCUUAGAUGGCUGA